AUGGCCGCGGUGCCGGCGGAGGGGGAGCGGCCCCGCCGGCGGGAGGAGCGGGCCGGGGGCACGAAGCGGCGGCGGGAGGAGCCCCCUCAGGAGCCACCGGUGGAGUCCCCGGAGAGGUCGGGAGAGACCCCGGGGGAGCCCCCGGCCGAGCCCGGGUACUUGGCGCUGGCCCGCGGGCUGCUGGCCGGCGGCGCCCCGGCCCGCCGCAGCCCGGCGCCCGCCCGGUCCGCCGGGGAGCCCGCGGGGGACGGGGCCGGAGAUGGGGACGACCUGCUGGGGCAGCUGAUCCGAGACCUGAAUGAAAUCAAUGAGGUUCCUUUUUUCGAUGUGCAGCUGCCUUACGAGCUGGCACUGAAGAUAUUCCGGUACCUGGGCAAGGCUGAGCUGGGGAGGUGUGCUCAGGUCAGCAGGACGUGGAAGGUCCUUGCAGAAGACGAAGUGUUGUGGUACCGGCUGUGCCAGGAGGAGGGAUACCUGUUGGACAUGAGCAUCUCUGACCAUUCCUGCUGGAAGCUGGCCCUCAAAAACUGCAGAGCCAGAGAGCACAUGCUGAAAACCAACUGGAAGAACCGCGUGGGAGCCGUGAGCCAGCUGCGCUACGAGCCCGGCCGGGUGCUGUGCGACGUCCACUGCUGCGACGGGGUGGUCAUGGCUGGGUACACCUCAGGGGAGGUGAGGCUGUGGGACACCCGCACCUGGGACUACACAGCCCCCGUGCUGGCAGCAGUGGCGGGCCCUGGAGGGGCUGGAGCCCCGCCACACGUCUCCUUUGUGAGGAUAAACAGCUCCCUGGCCGUGGCAGCCUACGAGGACGGCACUGUCAGUGUGUGGAGCCUGCUGCUGGGGCAGGAGCCCAUCCAUCACUUCCAGCACAACCAGCGCAUCCAGGCCCUGGCGCUGGCCCCGGGCGGCUCCGCGGUGGCCACGGCCUCCGGCUUCCAGGUCAAGGUGGAGAGCCCCGACGACAAAGGAUUCUGGCAAACCCCAGGAACCUUUGAAAUCCAGAAACUGGUCAACUUCCUUAAUCUGGUUCCAGAUGUCACGGGGAGCCCAGUGGCAGUGGCAGCUGCAGAGGACAUUGUCUAUCUCCUGAAAGCAGAGGAUCCUGGCAGAAUUCUCCACUCUGUCUAUGGUCAGCCUGUCACCUGCCUCGAUGUGGCUGCUCACGAAGCAGCCUUUGGCAUCAAAACCUUUGGCUGGUUAUUGAAUGAGCCCAACCAGAUCCUUCUUUACAACCUGGAAACAAACCAGUGUGUGACCAAGGUGGGCAGCUCCAUAGGGGACUUCUCGUGUGUCAACCUCCACAGCAGCCCCCCCAACAUGCUGGUGGCAGGCAACAAGGACAGAAGGGUGCGGGUGUUUGACCUGCGGCGCGGCCAGGCCGCGUGCUCCGUGUACGGCCACCAGCUGGGAGUGUCGGCGGUGCAGAUGGACGAGUGGAAGAUGGUGAGCGGAGGGGAGGAGGGCCUGGUGUGCGUGUGGGACCAGCGCAUGGCCGCCAAGCUCUGGGAGAUGCACGCCAGACAUCCAGUCCGCCUGGUGUGGUUCAAUUCCCACAGCCUGAUCACUGCCAACAUCCCCGAGGAGAAGAACCCCCGAGGCUCCAGCAUCACCGAGGACGACCCCAGCUUGCACCGAAAGUACCGAGGGGUCAUUUAUUCCUACGAGUUCUCCGUGGACCAGCUGGCCGUGGACAGUGUCCUCCCCAUCUGCCGCUCCUCCUACGACGAGCUGACAGGUUACAACUACAACAUCGGCCUGGCAGUGCCCUACGACAGCAUCUAGGGCACUCCUGGGCUGCUGGGGCCAGCCAGGGCCGCAGGAAAGCAACAUCCGUGUGGGAUGAGCACCCAAGAGCUGGUGUGGGCAGCAGAAAGCCCUGGGGAUGGGAACCCAGACCCUGGAGCACCCCGUCGGGAUGUGUCACCCUGGACGUGGCCAGAGGUCCAGCCUGGUGGAGUGGAGAGGCUGAGGAGGGAAAGGAACGCUGCAGGGUAAACAAAAAUAUUCCUGCUGCUUGUUGUGGAAAGAUGCUGCAGGUCCCACCUUGGUCAGGAAGCCAGAGUGGGACACUGAAGGGGCAGGAGGCUGGGAGCUCUCUGAGGAGCUCCAGGAGGGAAAAAAAACCACCAAGGACUUGGGAAAAGCAUGUGCUGAGCCACAUGUUUGAAAUGGCUGCGUUGAGCUGCUCGUUCUUGUUUUCCUUGGAGGCCAUUGGAAUGUGCCUGGGAGCAGGACAGCAGCACCGUGCGCAGGAGGUUACGGUGGCUGGGACAGGGAUUGGGAUGGAGAGAGGGAGGGGAAGGUUUUCCAGGCCAGGCUGGAUGCCUGGCAACUCAGCAGGCCACACACACAUCAAAAUUAUUUUAGAAUAAAUUAUUUUUUCAAUUCUUUAAAAUUCAAUGUUUUCUAAUCGUAUGUGUCCACCCCUGUCUGGGGUUUUGUCCCUGAGCCUUUCAGGGUGAGCUGAUCCCCGUUCACUGGGACAAAGGGCUGGCUCAGGCUGUCAGGUGUGCUCUUGGCUGGAUCAUGUCCUUCCACCUGGGGGCUUUUCAGUGCUGCCCUUGCUUCCAAGCUGGGAAUUGAUCAUGGAACAGAAGGCAUGAAGUGGCACCAGUGCCUUCCCUUCCCCGGAGCUGUGGGGAAGCCCCAGGAGGUGCUGUUCAUGUGGAAACGAGGAAUGAGGCUUUGCCUUAAGCCCAGGUAGCACUGACAGGUAAAACCAGUUUGGGGAACAAGAGCUCCAGUCCUGCGUGGGUCUUUUUACUGAUUUAAAAUGAUUUUAUUGUGAUUUGCCCUUGUAAACUUACUGGUGCAAACCAAAGCUGUGUCAGUUCUGUUUAAAUUGGGGUUAAGUUUUAACUGACACCUUUUUUCCCUGGGUUAAUGGAAUCAGUAUAAGGUACUGGGCAGAGGUGCAGGAAUGUGCCCAAACCUGCAGGAGAGGGGCUGGGCUGGCACUUCAGCCCCGUGCAGUCACUGAGCCAGCCCUGCACAGAGCUGCAUUUCACUGCUCUUCUUUGCCUUGGGGUGGUUUCCCAUCACCCCUAGGCCAAAAUUUCACCUUUCAGGUUUUUCAGUUACCUUUUUCCCAUGUGAUGGAUACACGGAAAGCGCAAGGGGCAAAGCCAUUCUGUCUGACCAAUAAACUUGAUCUUUCGUAAA